AUGAAAACACUUUACCCAGUUUUCGAAACCACACGCUUACCAUUUGAAAAGUCAAUGGUUGCUCCUAAACAUGCGGAGCAGUUACUUUAUGAAGCACCUAAUGCAAAUAAAUACUAUAACGCAUUUCAAAGUUAUAAUAGACAGUUUGUGGAAAAUGAACACAAUGAUGGUAAAGUUGUUGUACGAUGGCAUAAUUCUGCCAUACAAAAAAUUCAAGUAAGAGUUUUCGAAACUUGGCUGCGCAGGCGUGGUGAAGAAGAAGAUUCCGCUAAAUCAAAAACCAAACCAGAAUCUAAGAAUACCACUAGAAGUGCUUUGUUUGCUUGGUCUUCAGGGGAUUCCACAGUCCCAUACUCUAAUACCAAUAAGAACUCGGUAGCUCUGACAUUAAAAUUGAAUUCUUCAUUGACUAAACCAUCAUCUGAAGGGAGUUCUUCUGGUACACAAGAUCCUGAAAAGCUCCCUAAGGGACUAAAUUUGGUUGCUUCAAAAGAGUCCAUAACAAAUAGAUUGCAUAAAAUGGUGGAUCAAGAAGCCAGUAGACUUUUACAGGAACGUAUUCAAGAUAUAAAAGAGCAUCAUAUGGAAGAAAUGUCGAAGCAGAUCUCCGAGAGAAAGAGGAAAGAUCAUGAACUACACCUUCUUCGACUUAAAAAGAGGGAAGAAGAAUACGAAGAGAAAUUUUAUAAUACCAAUGAGACAUCCAAACCAGGAUUCUUUGGUACCCUUUUCGGGUUUUCAACUCCGCCUACUGAUAAAAGUGAAUUCAAUGAUGAUACGCAUUCUAUUGGUGAGGCAUUCAAACCAACUGCAUCUCCAAAUAGUAAUAGGUUCUCAUUGCUUACAUGGGGUGCCACAGAAUCGAAAGAAAGUAUUUCACCAAAGCCAAAAUUAGCAUCAUCUUUUGAAGCAAACGAUGGAACUCUGGAAUCGCCUCCGACCACACCAGUGUCGCGUUCUCUGAAGAAGAAUAGCCCGUUAAAAAGAACUGAUAUUUUGAAUGAAGGAAAUAAUAAGCCAAACAAUGAUACAAAAAAUCUUGAUGAGGAUGAUUCUGCGGGUGAUGAUACGAUUAUACAUUCAAAAGCAGAUGUUCCACAGGUCCCGCAAUCAACUUGCCUUACUCCCCGGACACCGACAUGGAAUAUGAAGGCAUUAGCAUUCUCACCACCAUCAACUAAUCUGGGUGUCCUUCUGUCAACAAAGGCGACACCAAGUUCUUUGAAAACAACAACCAACUCGAGCGUUAUACAUUCGGGUGUUAUUCUGGAAGUUGAAGGUAAUCAUACUAAUGGUAACAUUAACAAUAUUGAUGGUGAUGAUAAUGAUGAUGAUGAUGAUGAUGAUGAUGAUGAAGAUGAUGAUGAUGACUUUGACGAAUUUGUUUCGUCAAAUACCGUGUAG